AAGAAAAUGUAUAAAAUAAAGAUCCGAUGGAAGAAAAUAAUUUUACAUGGGACGAUGCAACAACAAAAUUGUUUCUAGAAAUAUAUAAACGUAAAAAAGACCUCGUAAGCACAAGAAAAAUCAAAACCUAUACAAUUUUAUGGAAACAUAUUGCAGAGGAUAUGAGGCGUAAAGGUUAUUCUGUAACUGCUUUACAAGUUGAAAACAAAUUGAAGUCUUUGUUACGCUUAUAUAAAAAUGUAAUGAGCAAUAAUAAAAAAACUGGCCGUGAAAGAAAAAUUUGUAAUUUUGAAGCUGAAUUAAUUGAUAUAUUUGGAAAGAAACAUAAUAUAGCGCCACUGGCGUUAUCAGGUAGAACUGGCUUGUUGCUUAGAGAACCGUUUUCAGAUGUACAAAAUGAUAUAUUAUUGGACGACUCGAUAAAUAAUGAAGAACCUAUUAAUACAAUAUCAGCAAUAUCAGCAGUAAGCAACAUAAGUGGAGCCGCAGCAGAAACUUCAAAUGAUAUUCCACAUAUCGUAAAUAAAAACAGAUUUUCACAAAAAAUGAAGGUUAAAGGUGGUACAACUGCAGAAUAUUUAAAGAAAUGUCAACUCGCUCUGGAUACAUAUAUCUCAGAAAUAAGAUCUGAAAGACAAAAUAACGAAAGCAUUCAAUUACAAAUACUUGAAGAAUAUAAAGAUAUCAAGAAAAUUCAAGAUGAUUUUGUUAAAUCUGCAAAACAACAGUGGGCUAUAAUUAAUGCACGAGAAGUUGAAAGAAAUAGAAUUUUAGCAGAAAUUGCAAGUCACUUUUACAACGAAAACUGUUAA